AUGGCAAACAGCAAUCUUAGUUCCUGGCAAAUAGAUGGGGAAGAAGUGGAGGCAGUGACAGAUUUUAUUUUUCUGGGAUCUAAGAUCUCUUCAGAUGGUGACUGUAGUCAUGAAAUUCAAAGACGUUUGCUUCUGGGGAGGAAAGCUAUGGCAAGCUUGGAAAAGCUCGUAAAAACUAAAGAUAUUACACUAUCAACAAAGGUCAGCAUAGUCAGAACUAUGGUAUUCCCAGUAGUAACAUACGGAUGUGAGAGCUGGACUAUAAAGAAUGCUGAGCGUCGUAGAAUUGAUGCCUUUGAACUUUGGUGUUGGCGAGAACUGCUUAGAAUCCCUUGGAUUGCAAGAAGAUCCAAUAAAUCCGUACAGCAGGAAAUCAAGACAAACUGUUCACUGGAAGCUAUGAUCAUGAGGUUGAAGCUCAAAUAUUUUGGCCAUAUAAUGAGAAGGCAGGGUUCUCUAAAGAAGACUUUGAUGCUGGGAAAGAUGGAAGGCACACGAAGAAGGGGACGACAGAGACGGAGAUGGAUAGAUGAGGUCACUGAAGCCAUGAACAUGAUGUUGUUGGAGCUCAGAGGGGCGGUGACUGACAGAUGUACCUGGCGUGCUAUGGUCCAUAUGGUCACGGAGAGUCAGACACGACUGAAUGACUAA